UGUCUAAAACCCUAAGCCCCAGCUCUGGUCGGACUGUUGCAUCUUCCUGUAUCUGCGUUCGGCGUCUCUUUUUCUUUGUUGGAUCAAAACGAAAAAUGGUGAAGAAGAAACAAAAGCAAAAGAUAGUGUUGCCACCGGAAUUGCCGCCUGAGAUAUCUGAGGAUGAAAUUGAGGUCUCCGAUGAGGACUUGCAAUUCGUCAAUGAGAACAGAGAUUAUGCUGGCUUUGUUUCUCGCUUGGACACUGAUACCAUCACCAGGCAUGUUACUCGCGUUGCUGAUUUGGAAGGAGAUGAUUUAGAAGCAGCUUAUGAGAAGCGGCUGCGGAGGAAGUCACAGCAGAAAAAAGUGGAGGAAGAGGGCCUCCAAGUUGAUCCUGUUGAUGCUCUUCCUGUAAAGACUUUAGAUGGAAAAGUUUACUACCGGACAUUGUCUAAGACAACAGAAAAAUCUGAAAAUGGUCGGGACACAGAUGAUGAGAAGGAUGAUUCCGGCGCUGAUAAGGGUAUACUGAGAUUAACGAAAGCAGAAAGGAGGGCGAAGCUAAAAAAAAGCAAGAAAGAGGCUAAGAAACAAGGGAAGGAAUUGGAGAAAACAGAAGAAGUGCAAGAAACUCCACAAGCAUCUGUGCUGGCCAAGGUCAAAAAAGAUCUCACUGCUGAAGAAAUGUUUGAAAACAAGAAGCUUAAACUGGCAGAGAUGGGUAUCGCAUUACUGGCAGAUCCAGAGUUGAAUAUAAAAACUCUGAAAGAGAUGUUGCAAUUCUGUAAAGACGAUGAUCAUGCUAUUGUUAAACUUGCAUUGUUAUCCUUGUUAGCUGUAUUUAAAGACAUUAUUCCAGGCUACCGGAUUAGGCUUCCUACUGAGAAGGAGCUAGAAAUGAAAGUUUCCAAGGAUGUUAAGAAGAUGCGGUACUAUGAAUCUACACUUCUAUCUGCAUACAAGGUGUACUUGCAGAAGUUGAUGGUGUUAGAGAAACAGUCCAUGUUCCAGCAUGUGGCAGUUCGCUGCAUUUGUACUUUGCUUGAAGCAGCCCCUCAUUUCAACUUUCGUGAAAAUUUGUUAGGUGCUGUGGUUGAAAACAUAGGCUCUUCAGAUGAUGUCAUAAGGAGACUUUGUUGUGCUACUAUUAAGUCACUUUUUACCAAUGAGGGAAAGCACGGCGGUCAAGCUACUGUAGAGGCUGUUCGGUUGAUAGCUGAUCUUAUUAAAGCUCAUGAUUGUCAAUUGCAUCCAGAUUCUGUUGAGGUAUUCUUGUCAUUAUCCUUUGAUGAAGAUCUUGGAAAGCCUGAAGAAGAAGACAAGGAAAAUAAAGUUAGAAACAAGAAAAACAAGAAGAGAAAGAAUAAUGAGGAGCCAAGUCAAUUGCAAGAAAAUGAUAGAAAAAGAAGUAGGAAAGAACUGAUGGCAAAAAUGAGGGAGGAGGUUACUGCUGAUUACAAGGCUGCUGCUUUUACCACAGAUGUUAAGGACCAGAAAAGGUUGCAAUCAGAGACACUUUCUGCUGUUUUUGAGACAUAUUUUCGUAUCUUGAAGCACACUAUGCUGUCAACCACAGCCAGUCCAGACGCAAAUGAUCAUUUAGUUGCCAAUGCUCCUGGGGCCCACCCUCUGCUUGCACCUUCUCUGGAUGGAUUGGGAAAGUUUUCUCAUCUACUAGAUCUUGAUUACAUUGGGGAUCUUAUGAAUUAUCUGAAAAAGCUUGCUGGUGGCGAUACUACAUCCAACUCCUCAGAAAAAAGUUCAAAGCACUUGACCGUUUCCGAACGCCUUCAAUGCUGCAUUGUUGCCUUUAAAGUGAUGAGGAGCAAUCUAGAUGCCCUAAAUGUUGAUUUACAGGGCUUCUUUGUGUUGCUGUAUAAUAUUAUUCUCGAGUACAGACCUGGAAGAGACCAGGGUGAAGUAUUAGCAGAAGCUUUGAAGAUUAUGUUAUGUGAAGACAGACAGCAUGACAUGCAAAAGGCUGCUGCAUUUGUAAAACGUUUGGCCACAGUCUCACUGUGCUUUGGAUCAGCUGAAUCCAUGGCUGCUUUGGUAACUUUGAAGUAUCUCCUUCAGAAGAAUGUUAAAUGCCGGAAUCUAUUAGAAAAUGAUGCAGGGGGUGGCUCAGUUUCAGGUUCUGCUGCGAAAUAUCAGCCAUAUGCCUCGGACCCUAAUUUAAGUGGUGCACUUGCUUCGGUCCUUUGGGAACUCAAUCUUCUGUCCAAGCAUUACCAUCCAGCAGUUUCAAACAUGGCUUCAAGCAUUUCAAGCAUGAGCACUUCUCGUAACCAAGUUUAUCUCUCCUCAAUAUCUCCUCAGCAAGCUUUUACAGACUUGUCGCUUGAGAGGGAGUUGCUCAACCCAAAAUACGACAUUGGAAAACUAAUUAUCAAGAGGAAAAAGGGGUCUUCUAAGGUGACUGCCAGUAGCAUUGGCGGAUCUGUAGAUAAAAGUUCAGCUGAUGAAGAGGAGUUGAAAAAGAAACUUUCUGAUCAUUUUAUGCUCCUCCGUGAUUUCAAAGAGAACGGGAGAUUAAGGGGCGAGUUAGACCGUGCUACGUUAGCCCUACAAUUAUAUGAUGAAUAUAAGAAGCAAAAGAGAAAAAGCCGGAAGGCUUAGUACCAAGAACCACAAGAAGUGAGCAUCCAAUAUUUUAGGUGUUGGAUUUUUUGUUGUUGUUGUUGGAACCGUAAUCAAGCCGAGUAUUGAGCAUCGUGAAGCUCAUAUCUGAUUUGUUUGCGCUUAAUUCGAGCCUAAAGGCUCUUUUUUUUUAGCUUAACAUAUUAUUUCCAUAUCUCUUAAAUUACUUCCUAACUUUAAAUUAGGGUUUUGCCA